AUGGCACCCGGGGGCCGGCCCGGGGGAGCCCUGCCGCUGCUGCUGCCGCUGCUGGUGCUGGUGCUGCCGGCGGCGGGCGGCGGGUGCGCGGCGGAGGGCGGCCCGCUGGAGCCCUUCGAUGCGCUGUACGCCAGCGGGGUGGAGGCGUACUACGGCGGGGACUUCGCGGGCGCCGCGCGGUGCCUGGAGCGGGCUCUGCGCAGCCGGCGGGAGCUGCGGGCGGCGCGGCUGCGGUGCCGGCGGCUGUGCCGAGGGCAGGUGCGGCUGGCGGCGCCGGGCCCGGGCGCCGGCGGGGACCUGGCGUUCUUCGGCUCGGUGCUGCGGCGCGCAGACUGCGUGCGGCGCUGCGAGGAGCCGAGCCUGGGGGCGGCGUCCCGCCACCGCGCCGCCGAGGAGGUGCGCGCCGACUUCCAGCGCAGGGUGCCCUACAGCUACCUGCAGCGCGCCUACAUCCAGCUGAACAAGCUAGAAGAGGCAGCAAAUGCAGCUCACACCUUCUUCAUGGCAAACCCUGAGCACAUGGAAAUACAGCAGGACCUCGAGAACUACAAGACCACGUCAGGGAAGGUCAGCUUGACUGACCAGGAGGCCAGACAGCACAUGGAGGACUACAGUGCUGGAGUGAGGCACUAUGACAAGGAGGAGUACGAGCUGGCCAUUGAAUUCUUGGAGCGUGCCUUGAAAGGUUACUACUCUGAGGAUGAGGAUUGCCAGCUCAUGUGUGAGGGGCCACAGAGAUUUGAGGAGCAUGAGUACCUGGAUUACAAGGCUGGUCUCUAUGAGGCUAUUGCAGAUCACUACAUGCAGGUGCUGGCCUGCAAACACGACUGUGUCCGAGAGCUCGCCACGCGCUCCGGCCGGAUCUCGCCCAUCGAAAACUUCCUGCCCCUCCAUUACGACUACUUGCAGUUUGCCUAUUACAGAGUUGGUGACUACGUAAAAGCCCUGGAGUGUGCCAAGUCCUACCUGCUCUUCCACCCGGACGAUGAGGAUGUUCUGGAGAAUGCAGGUUAUUACGAGGGUCUCUUGGAAGGUACAGUGGAUCCAGCCACCAUCAAACCCAGAAAGGAAGCCAGAACGCUGCUGAGGCGCCACAAGCUGGAGUCUCACCUCUUGCAGGUGGCUGCGGCCGGGCUGGGAUACGCCUACACGGAGCCGAACUACUGGAACAGGUACGGCGCCCGCCAGGACGAGCACAGUGUCCCGUCAAGUAUCAGCAGUGAACCAGAGGAUGGGCCCCGGCUGUCCCUGACAAAGAAACCCAUGCCAAAGCCAGAUCGAGAGCUGAAGGAAGGAGGCCCUCUUCUCUACAGUGAUGUGAAGUUUGUCUACAACUCUCAGCAGCUGAAUGGCACCCAGCGAGUGCUGCUGGACAACGUCAUCUCAGAGGAGCAGUGCCGGGAGCUGCACAGGGUGGCCAGUGGGAUCAUGUUGGCUGGAGAUGGUUACAGGGGCAAAACCUCCCCCCACACCCCGAACGAGAGAUUUGAAGGAGCCACUGUCCUCAAAGCCCUCAAGUAUGGCUACGAGGGCCGUGUCCCCCUGAAGAGUGCCCGGCUGUUCUAUGACAUCAGUGAGAAGGCUCGCAGGAUUGUCGAGUCCUACUUCCUGCUCAACUCCACGCUCUACUUCUCCUACACACACCUGGUGUGCCGCACCGCCCUCUCCGGCCAGCAGGAGCGAAGGAAUGAUCUGAGCCAUCCCAUCCAUGCUGACAACUGCCUCUUGGACCCCGAGGCCAAUGAGUGCUGGAAGGAGCCUCCUGCCUACACCUUUCGGGAUUACAGUGCCCUCCUGUACAUGAAUGCAGAUUUUGAAGGUGGCGAGUUCAUUUUCACCGAGAUGGAUGCCAAAACUGUGACAGCCUCCAUCAAGCCCAAGUGUGGGAGGAUGAUCAGCUUCUCAUCGGGUGGCGAGAACCCCCACGGAGUGAAGGCAGUCACCAAAGGGCAGCGCUGUGCUGUGGCUCUCUGGUUCACCUUGGACCCUCUGUACAGAGAGCUGGAACGAAUCCAGGCUGAUGAAGUGAUUGCAAUGUUGGACCAGGAGCAUCUAGGACCCAAUGAAAUGAACAUCAACCCAAAGGAUGAGCUAUGA